UCAUAGAUUGGUCGACAGCAGACGUGUAAAAGCACGCCUGUCACUUAUGGCAUGCAGCCGAAGUUUCACUCGGUUUCUGAUGGACCUGCUUCUCCUGCGGCUGCCCGAGUAAUUGGCAAGUCUGAGUAUUUGGACUGGGAGCAGGAAGUGAUUGAUGCCUUUUAUAGUCCUUCUCAGCGUCUUACAGAUUUGAUGCCUGUUAAUGGGAAACCUGCAGUUCUGGUGAAACGAAAAAUUAUUUUGUACGUUUUAGAAUCUGGUGGAAAAACUGCGGAGAUGGUGGCUAAAAGCUCAACUUUAGACUCUUCCGACUUGCCUUCAAGGAGGUUGACCAUGUUUCAUCGGGGCUCGCAGUCCUUGGACUCGGUCUCCCAUGGAUUGAAAGGUGCUGCUUUUCUGCAUCCAGCCUGUGACCUUGGAGGUCUGACCAACUACAAGCAGAUGUUGGGAAAAGAAGCGGAACACCAAGGAGAGGUUCUCGAAGUUCACAAAACGAGCCAACUGGCAGAUUGCGCCAAGUUGGUCUUCCAACAAUGGGCAGAGCUGGCGGGAAAAGAAUUCCCGGAAUCUUUUGAGGCUGAUUUGAAGGCGUGGUUAGUCUCGGCAUUAAUGGCAUUCCAGACUGGCAUCCAGCUGCGAUUUCUUGUACUGCCAAACGAACAUCGCAUUGUGGCCACUGCAGAAGAUGUAAGAGCGAGGACUGGCAAAUAUUUCACAAGAUGCUUCAGUGGUUCCGCAGACGAGUUUGCAGAGGAAUACUGCGGUUCAGAAUUAUUUUGCGGUAUCUCAAUCAAAUACAUCACUCCAAAUCUGAACAACCACAACCUUUCCAAUGAAUAUGCAGUAUAUGCAGCAUGUGAGCCUUCAGAACCCGAUGACAUCCGAUGACCAGCCCGGACACCAAAGGAUGCGAUGUGGCACCAAGCCACCCAAGCGCUGAGGGUUGGAUGAUUGGAUGUGAUUCGAAGGAAAAGAGUUUUUCUGUCAUUGACUCAUGG